AAACGUAAUAAUAAAAAACAGAACGGAAUUGACGUCUUACUUUGAAAAGAUCGACCAUAGCAAUAAUGACAUUUAUUUUUCCGAGUAUUAUUUUGUAGAUUCCAAAUGUUUGUCGCGAUGAACCGUGCCAAUUGGGCGUAGACGAAGCAGGAAGAGGUCCUGUAUUGGGUCCUAUGGUAUACGGAAUAGCUUAUGCACCAUUGUCCCAGAAGCAAUUACUCGUAGACUUAGGUUGUGCAGAUUCAAAAAGCUUAACGGAAAAUCAAAGAGACUGUAUUUUUGAUAAAACAUGCCAAGCAAGCGAUCAAAUAGGAUGGGCCGUGGAUGUGAUAUCUCCUAAUGUCAUUGCCAAUAGUAUGUAUCGUCGUAGUAAAGUAUCUUUAAACGAGCUAUCCAUAGAUUCAGCAAUUGGAUUAAUCAAGCAGGCUGUUAAAGCUGGUGUAAAUGUGAAACAAUUAUACGUCGAUACAGUUGGAAAGCCAGAAAAAUAUCAAUCUCGAUUGGAAGAAAUAUUUCCCGAGCUAGAUAUCGUUGUUGCAAAAAAAGCAGAUUCUAUUUAUCCGAUCGUUAGUGCUGCAAGUAUUUGCGCCAAAGUUUGCAGAGAUCAUGCAAUACGUGCGUGGCAAUUUCGCGAAGGUUCUAACGAAAGUGAAUAUGGCAGUGGAUAUCCUAAUGAUCCGGUAACUAAGAAAUGGUUGUUAGCCAACAUUGAUUCCGUAUUCGGCUUUCCACAGAUUGUUCGUUUUAGUUGGUCUACAGCAGAAAGGAUUCUUGAAUCUAAUGCAUUAACCGUAGAGUGGGAAGAAAUAGAGAAUCCUGAAACGCGUAAAGAGCAAAAGAUAUCUAAUUUCUUUGCCAAAUCACCCUUGAAACCUUUCAAUAAGUUUCACUUUAAAAAGCAUGCUUUUUUUACAGAAAGAUGUAUCAACAAUGCUGGUACUCUAUGAUUUCCCUCCUUCCGAGGUUACCAUCGACGUAAUAGAAAUGAUAUUUUGUAGUCGAAUCUUUUUUUUUGUUUAUGAUUUUAUUUCCUUGGUAUACAAGAGAUAUUUGGACAGAAUUCUCUUCUUUUUAUAAAUCUCAGUACUUUGAAAGAUCAGUAAUAUAGUGAUAUUUUUUUCUCUAUUUCUUAACUUAACAUCAUUUUACCUUUUAAUCUUAUACAUACAUAUAUAACGUACGUUUUAUUUAUGUACAUAUGUACAAAAUAUUCUCGUCGUCCGUCGUCAUAUAUGAAAUUUUAUACGAGAUAUAUAUAUAAAGGUAUAGAAUAUCUUUACAUAUUCUACGACUAUAAUUAACAAUUAGGAAUGUUGUGAUCGCGAAAAUUGGAAUAUCUUUGGUACACACAGUCGUACACAGUCUAGAUUUACAUACUUUACAAUCAUCCUAAAAUAUGACAUUAUUAUAAUUUAAGUGAUUUUUACCGACUAGAAUGAUCAAAGCCAUAAUUUAGAGAACGCAAUGUUAAUUGAUUUUCUUCUUGUUCAUUUUUCCAACGUCUUCAAGCGUCCAAUGUUUCCAAGGUCUUAAACCACGAGAAAUGAAUCAGCUUGGACAAUGGUUUUACUCGUUAAAUUGACCUUAACGCUUAACAACUGAAUAAACAUCGACUUACAGUCCGAUGAUCAAUUAUAAGAUUUAUUUAUUUGACAAGUAUGUGUGAUCGUGAUUAGAAUGGUGAUUAGAAUGGCGAUUAGAAUGGCGAUUAGAAUGGCGAUUAGAAUGGCGAUUAGAAUGGCGAUUAAAAUUGUGACAUGCAUUGGAACGUGUAAUGGCAUGCCGCCUGGCGAUCGGUAUAUGAAAAGUGUUUAAUCGUAAGUAAGAAAUUUAAUCGUAAAUAUAAUAACGACGGUAUGAUUACAAACUCUGACGCAAUUAUACGUAAAUAGGAAAAAAGUACGUGUCUAUAAACGUACAUAGUGUACCUGGACAGGUGAACAGUUGGUUCGAUCGAGUUUGGGGUGAUUUUACCUGUCAAAAUAAGUCGACGAACAAAGAGUAAUAUUUUGUUGUUCUCUUUUGAUUAUGAAAGAGACUUAUUUUGACAUGUAGCGGAUGACCGGAUACACCCUGUUUUGUAUCUGAAAAAUGAAAAUUCUAUCGAUCGUUCGUUGAUCUAUUUGUUUUGUCUUAUUAAAUGAUUCAUUCGCGAUAAGAUCGAUAGAACGCGAUCGAGUUGAAUGACAGAUUGAUUACGAAUAAAUACAUAUGUUAGUUUCAUAGAUUUGAUAUAUCUACUUGCAUAUAAAUAAUGUGAAGAAUUCUUAAUCGGUUCGAGCCCGAUUUCUUCCUACACCAUACACUAUAUUUUGCCUUUUUUCUUUCUUGCCAAAUAUCAAUGAUUUUUUAAUUUGCAAGCGAAAAUAAUUUUUACUUGUUAGUAUAUCCUGACGAAGACAUCGGUGAAACUACAUAUUAUCGAGUAGAAAUACGAAAAGAAAAAAAAAAAAACCAAAUUAUCUAGCGGAUUGAAUGAUUAUCAA